AUGCAGGGCAGCUCAAGCGAUGCGCGCGACGCGCGACAAUUUUCAUUGUACGAAGAUGAGCCGAGAAGCCACGGCCAGAAUGACAAGACGGGAGCAAAUGCUACAGAGCACGACCACAUCGAAUCACUCGAAAAUCAGCUCUCCGAAGAACCACAAAGCUACCGCGUAUAUCGGAGCCGAUGGUUCGGACUUGCACAGCUGGGGCUCCUGAAUAUCGUCAUCAGUUGGGACUGGCUCACUUUUGCAGCUGUUUCUAGCACCUCUGCUCAGUUCUUCGGCGUAUCAGAGAGUGGGAUCAGCUGGCUCAGUACUGGAUUUCUGUUUGCUUUCCUUGUCGCUGCUCCCGCGACAAUCUGGGUAUUGAAUCGUCACGGACCCAAAACCUCGAUUCUCGUGGCAAGCGGCCUUACCUUCGUAGGCGCUUGGAUCCGAUAUGCCGGGGUCAGAGCAGCUACUCCAUCCUUAGGUGCCGUCGUCUUUGGGCAGAUUCUUAUUGGGUUCGCUCAACCUUUUGUUCUUGCAGCACCCACGAGAUACAGCAAUCUCUGGUUUAGCGACAGUGGUCGGGUGUCGGCCACAGCACUGGCUUCAUUGGCAAAUCCAUUCGGAGGUGCCCUGGGCCAACUCAUUGGUCCCUUCUUGGUGACCGACACAUCAGGACUUCCCAACUUGGUGCUGCUCACAGCCAUCAUAUCCACCGUGGCUGCUUUACCCGCUGCUUUCAUACCAAAAGCGCCCCCUACGCCGCCAUCGUCGAUUGCAGCUGCUCCAAAGCUGGACCUCUUGCAGGCAUUGCAUCAAUUGCCAAAGAACACAGCUUUUUGGCUGAUCUUUGUUCCAUUCUCGGUGCUCGUCGGAUUUUUCAAUGCGACUUCCAGCCUCUUGGUGCCCAUCCUGGAGCCAUAUGGCUUUGACGAGACCGACUCUGGAAUUGCCGGUGGUGUCUUGAUCCUGGUCGGUCUUGUGGCAGCCGCCAUCAUUUCGCCAAUAGUCGACCGAACCAAGUCGUAUUUGAUUACAGUAAAGGUGCUAGUACCUUUCGUCGCGAUUUCUUACAUUAUCCUUAUCUUUAUGCCUGCGACACGAUCUAUCGCAGGUGUAUACAUUACCUGUGCUCUCGUCGGAGGCACAUCUUUCAGCUUGCUUCCUUGCGCGCUCGAGCUUCUGACAUUAGUCACAUAUCCUGUCUCGCCCGAGGUCUCUAGCACAAUCGCAUGGACAGGUGGACAAGUACUGGGUGGUAUUUUCAUCAUUGCUAUGACAGCGUUGCGCUCCUCUAUUGAAUCGGAUGGUCAGCCAGACGGGAACAUGACCCGAGCCCUCAUAUUCCAGGCAGUCAUCGCAUGCGUGGCAGUGCCAUUUGUGUGGUUUCUCCGAAAGGCACAUCUACGAGCCAUUCCAGUAUUGCCAUGA